CGUGGCCGCCGACUAUGAAGGACGGGCCGGAGGUAGCGGAAGGAGUAAGAACUGCCAGCAGCGCCACCAACGGAAACGACGACAAAUGCGACAUGAGAUCCUUGGACGGACAGAGUCGCCGUAACGGCGUGGCCGAGGUGGCCGCCGACAUCAACGCCCUGCCUGUGGGGGGCACCCUGCUGACCGAGGCCGCCAACGGGGACGGAGAGAAACCGGCCAAGAACGGAGCCCCCAAAAACGGUGACAAGACGUUUGCGUGCAGCAUCUGCAACCGUUGCUUCGGGUACAAGCACGUGCUCCAGAACCACGAACGCACCCACACGGGCGAAAAGCCCUUCGAAUGUCCUGAGUGUCACAAGCGGUUCACGCGGGACCAUCAUUUAAAGACGCAUUUGCGUCUACAUACGGGCGAAAAGCCUUACCAGUGCUCUCACUGCGACCGCCACUUCGUGCAGGUGGCCAAUCUCAGGCGGCAUCUUCGAGUGCACACUGGAGAGCGGCCAUAUGCUUGCCAAAUGUGCGAGUCUCGGUUCUCGGACAGCAAUCAGUUGAAAGCCCACAUGCUGAUCCACAGAGGAGAGAAACCCUACCAAUGCCAAGAAUGCCUUGGUAGGUUCCGCCGACGACACCAUCUUAACCACCAUAAGUGUCCCAAAGAUGAGUCAAACGUAGGAAAGCCUAGGAGAGGUAGGCGGCCCAAAGCGUACGACCAGAUACCUGCCUCCGACCAUGAUGAAGACAACGAUGAAGAGCUUCUGCCUUUGUCUGACAAUGCGGAGAACAUUGUGGACAACAACAACUCAUCUUCGGAAGCUGAGCAGCCUUCCCCAGCUGCUGUGCUCACUGUCAACACUGUAGUACACAACAACAACAAUAACCAUGAGCGAAUGAUAGUCAGCAAUGGCAGUCGCAGAAAACCCAGUCGAACCAUCCGCAUUCUGACACCACAGCAGCGCGAACUCUUUCUCAGAGACAAAGUAACCAUGCAAACACAAGCAAUUGACAUGAGCUUGUCACCGUCCGCCGUGGAUGUUCAACCGGUUACCGUCAUCGUCCCCAACAGAUUUCUUUCUUCAGUGGAAGGUGUGUUGGACCUCUCAAGCUCCAGAAGCGAUUCGGAGGUAGACACUAUCGAGGAAGAGGUACCACACCUCCAAGAGGACUGCGAAUGCGAAGAGUGCGAAUGCCAUAUCAAGAAUAGUUUUCGCCGACGGCCCCUUUCUCAAAGGAUUGCCAACCAGCGGAGCAAAAUCUUAGGUAUCACCAAGGCCAUAGAGCCUAUCAAUGGAACGAUGGACGAUAGGACCGCCCAUCACUGUGAUGAUUCAAAUGAGCCUCACCUCCGCAUAAACGGGGGUCACAUGAGUGAAGAUGAUGACAGCAUGGGCGCCAUUCCUCUCACUACCAAGAAAGCACACAUGGCCACGGCGUGAGAAGCCUCUAGGUGAUAUUUGGUAGAUGUUCCUGAGCAGCGCCGAUUAGUGUGGACCAUAGCUCUUGCACUGCUGGCGCAAGCGAAACGUUCAAAUGACAUUUUAUGGUAAAAAUGUUGGAGGGAAAAAAAUAACGCAAAAAAGGAAAGAAUUGCCUGUGAGAAUAAUCCGGUGUUAUUUACAUCGGCUGCAGUGAGAACAUUUCCCCCUCCCUUAUUGGUUUAUUGAUCGCGAAAUCAAAAUGGAGGUCACAGAAUCAAAUAAAAGUCUAGCAUGACUGUUUGCAUAAGAUAAUAACGAUAAACUCGUGGACGUGACUUUGUUAUUGAUAGUGUUAAUUAACUGUUCAUUAGUGAGCUCUUUUUUAAAGCAGAAAAUAUGCAUGUUUAAAUUGUAACUAUGCAGAAUCACAACUUAGAAGAAUCUGAGUAGAUUGUCUGUUUUUGGACAAUAUCUUCAAAAUAUACGAGAAAUGCUUUAAUGAAUUGAUUUACUAAAUUAUCGAUAUUUAUAUAUAAUUAUUAUUUUAUUUAAAUUCUGCUAUUUAGCAAGAAAGCAAAAUUUUAAAAGAUUUGGUAAAGUGAUAACUAUCUUUCGAUAUGAUUAAGAAAUAACUUUUUAACAAUCUGUAGGGAUUUUAAUAUCUCAUUUAUAAACUGUGAAAAGCAAGUAUAAGGACUAAACAUUUUGUACGCGUGAUUUUUUGCAAAUGUAGGCCAUUUUUUGAAUUUCGAUUUGCAAUUAUAAGAGCAUGAAAGAUGUAUGUACGAUUCUAGUGUAUUUUAAAAUUCGUUGUUUGUGAGUUAUUUGACCGAAAUGCUUUUCGGUUUGUUAGUCAGUUGCAAGUAGUUAAUCUGUUUUAGAUCUAGUGAUAGCUAUGUUGUUUCUCAUAUUUAGCUGUUCGCAUCUUGUUUUAGAAACAGUUUUUUAACUAGUUUGUUACGUUAUUGUUCCUAAUUAUCCGCUUGAGAUUAUAACUAUAUUAUGUUUAUUAGUCGAAUAUCAAAGUCUUUGGUUUUAAUGUUCCUAAAAUGUUCUCACUGCAGCUGAUUGAAUCAGCACAUGGAACUGUAUAAUUGAGCUAUACUAAACAGUGAUUCCGAAGUGGUAAACAAGGGUUCUUAUUGCUCAUUGAAAUGUAUACAUGGUACGAUAAUAUUUAUUUACCAUUUUAAAUUGAAUUGGAACUGAUUAAAUAUAACGAAAAUGCAUUUUUUAUAUAUUAAAGAACUGUUACUAUGUUUUAGAAAAGGCAACAGUUUUUAAUUCGAGUAUAUGUUAGUGUAUAUGAAGUAAAAAUGUUUAACUUAAAACAGUUUUUUUUUAAUUUUAUUUUUUAUAUAUCGGUUUGAUGAAAUGGGAUGUUAUGAUUUUUACGAAUUUAUUGAGUGAAAUUUUCUUAA